AAUAACAAAUUUCAAGUGAAGUACUCGGAUCCAAAGGUGUGCAAGAGCUUUUUACUGGCAUGCUGUCCACAUGAAAUCUUAUCAUCAACGUUCUAUUUCCAGAGUCUCUGGAAAAAGCAAUUCCAAUCAGAUCCAUUGUACAAUAUUGUUGCGAGUAUUGUCCGCUCAUAUGUCGUGUUGUACUUGUCGCUCUCACAUGCGCGUUACUGUAAGUACUGAAAGCGAAGAGGACGUACGUAUUACAAUUCUAACAAUUUGAUUAUCUCUUAACAAUAAUUCAAGUAAUAGGUAUUUAAUUUGGUUAAUAAUAAAGGCGGGCGGUUACCUCAGCCCCUCUACCGGUCAACGGUGGCGAGGCUGAGUGUCGAAUAUUAAUUCCGAGACCCAGAAUGGCCUGUAUAAAGUUGAAAAAUGAAGUUUACUUUGAAAGUAUGCGUGAAAAUCAUAUUCAUCCUCGGAGAUAUAAUGGGGUACAGGAAAUGAAGCAGUGAUCUGUAAGUAAAGACAAUGCGAAUUGCCAAGAAACAAAAAUUUUCUUUUUACCUUUGGCUAAUUAGGAAUUUUCAAAUAUUUUUCUCGUGAUUAUAAUGCAUUCAACGAUAUCUAUGCAAUAAUGCAAUGAAACUUCGAUUGGUCAUUUCGUUAAAUUUUUACCAUAAUUAGCAAUUAGUUAAUUAACAAUUAUCAACGUUCUCUGUUCUCCAUAGGGGAAACGAUCGAUACGAGAAAUGUUCGAUCGAGAUUUCACUGUACUCGAUACUCGAUCUUCGAGAUCUCGCGCUUCGAUAUUCUCGUUUCAAACUUUUCAAAAUGGCUCCUUUAAAUACGAACGAAUAUAAAAAUAAUUCGAAAAUGAAAUUCCUGCACUAAAUAUAAUAUGAUUUUGGCAAUUUGCAACAAUAGCGUAUUAUCCAUGAGGAAAAAUAAAGUGAGAAGUGGCAUGAUGCAGAAAAUGAAAGAGAAAUGGGGAGAAAGAGAAAGAAUUAGGGGGGACUGUGCGGCGCGCCAGUUCUGUUAGAAAAAUUUCCUUCAGCAUUGGACGUGUACGUAUUGAACUCGUUUUCUAAAUGGUCUAGAAUUGAUUCACAUAUGUCAAUUCGUGCCAAACGUAAAUAGUAUAAUAAACCAUUAGGCUGUAAGUUGUUUCAUAGACACUGAACCUUAAGGUGUGUGCUGAUUGUAGCUUCAUUGCCAUCGCAUUGUCGUGUCAGGCGGAGAGGUGUUGCCACUCUGUAAGUGAAACAUAACAAAAUAUUUAUAUGUAAAAUUCAAUUUUUACUUUGUCCAAAUAAACAGAAUUCAAAUUCGCUCUCGGUCAAUCAAUGAAUAUGUACAUAUCUAUGUAUUAACGCAAUUACAUUCAUUUGCAUAUACAUAUAUAUGAAUAUAUAAUUACCUUGUAAGCGUAUACCGGACAAUCAACCAUUUCGUAAGUUCUUGUAUAUAAUAAAGCAUCUUUAAACCGUAUCUUUCUGGACAAUUAGGGGUUUUAACUUCUGUCGUUGUUGCGUUCAUUAGUUUUCAAUUAUUUCUUUAAGUUUACCUAUUUGCAAAAAGCAAGCGAGAUAAGAAACCUUGUUCUUGUCGAAUAAGAUUUCACGAUAAGAGCAAAAGUCGGGAGGGAUUAUUAUAAAUAAAACCAAUAAAGUCGUUUUUACGUUUAAUCGAAAAUGAUCGAGGUUUAACAUUGAAAUGAUUUGUAAAUCGCAGCGCAUGGACCUGGGAGAAUGCCCCCAGAUUCACGACCUGGCCCUACGGGCUGAUUAUGAGGCUGCGCAAAAGAAGAAAGAUCACUUUUAUGACAUUGACGCGAUGGAGCAUUUGCAAAAUUUCAUAGCCGAUUGUGAUCGUCGUACGGAACAGGCGAAGCAACGGCUCGCAGAAACGCAAGAGGAGCUGAGCGCGGAGGUUGCAGCUAAAGCGAACAAUGUCCACGUUCUUGCGGAGGAGAUCGGUAAAAAAUUGGCGAAAGCCGAGCAACUUGGCGAAGAAGGUUUCGUCGAGGAAUCGAUGAAACUGAUGGGCGAAAUAGACGAGCUGAGAAAGAAGAAAAACGAAGCUGAACAAGAAUAUAGGAACAGCAUGCCAGCAUCCAGUUACCAGCAACAGAAAUUAAGGGUCUGCGAGGUUUGCAGUGCCUACCUUGGCAUUCACGAUAACGACAGACGUUUGGCGGAUCAUUUCGGUGGGAAGUUGCAUCUGGGAUUCAUUAAGAUCCGCGAGAAAUUGGCAGAGCUUCAGAAAACUGUCGAAGAGAGACGCAAAGAGAAACGGGAAUCGCUGCUCGACAGACGCAGAGAUAGGGACAGAGAUGAUCGGGACAGGGACCGUGAUAGAUCGGAUAGCCGACGUGGAGGUUUGGGUUAUAGAGAUAAGGAUCGCGAGCGUGACCGUGAACGCGAUCGUGACCGUGACAGAGAUCGCGAUCGUGACCGUGAGCGUGAUCGUGAUCGGGACCGAGAUCGUGAACGCAGAGACAGAGACAGGAGAAAGUCACGUUCUCGAAGCCGCAGUCGUGGAAAAAGAUCAAAACGUUCCCGCAGUAAUAGCCGUAGCCGUCGAUCCCGUUCCCGUCGUAGUGGGUCGAACGAUCGAAAAAGAUAAAACAGAUUAUCAUUUACAAUUAUGCUCAAUCAUUUUUCUUCGUAUAAAUUCACGUGCUUACUUGUGCACAUUACAUGUAAAAACAGAAUCGCUCGCUAAACAUAAAUUUUCAAUAGAUAUUUCUUUAAAAAUUACACCGUGAUUUUUACAUUGAUCGUCACACCUUAAUUAAAAAAGAAACACCAAUAUUUCGAAAUAUCUUUAUGUAAAACUAGGAAUAUCUCCUGUUCGUAUAAUAACAGGAUUGAAUUUAUUAGAUAUUAAUAUUACGAAUAUACUUAUUCUAUUUGAUCUUGAUAUAUUAAUAUACUUUUAAAUCUAGUUACUAUUUCGUGUACAUAAGAAUAGUUCAGAUGUAACUCCGUUCGGAAAUGUUACAUAUUUAUAAUAUAAUUACUUCGUCUUAUGUGAUUAUUAUAUGAGCAUAAAAAUGAAGGUAUGUUUAAAAAUAUAUACGUUUAAAUAAU